AUGGCUGCUCAAAGAACUAAAAUCAACACAUCAACUAGCGUUGCUAUGGCUAUUGCUCGAUUUCAAAAUAAUGGAAAUCAAGAUAAAGAUAAACCUCCGAUUCAAUCUCGAACUUCAGAAACACGAUCUCAAACUUCUGAUUCUUCUUCAAGAAUUCAAUUUCGAACCUCUAAUAAUAAUAAGACGACGGUUAAUAAAGAAUCUGAUAAUAAUUCAGGAAAAACCAUUAAAUAUAAUAAUGGUUCUGAUUCACUUUCCAGUACUAAAGAUAAAUCAAUGAGAACUUCUGAUGCUUCUUCUUCAAGUAAUAUCGAUGAUAUUUUUCAAUACAAAAAACAUAAUAGUUCAUCAAAAACCAAACGUUUAUCAGAAAAUUCUCAAAGUUCCAGUAUAGAUACAGUUAGUACAGCAUUAACAACUCCCACUGAUCGAAAACUUGUUAAUCUAACCGAACAACAUAAAAGAGACAAAGAACUAAUUAUUAAUGUUCAUCAAGAGGAAUUACGAAAUCUCAAAGAACAAUAUGAUGCAGAUCGUGAACAAUCGAUGAUUUCAUUUCGUGAAGGAUUAGAAACUAGUCAUCAAAAAGAAUUAGAAGAACUCAAUGAUCGACAUAAUGAAGAACUUAUUAAUCUAACCGAACAAGAUAAAAGAGACAAAGAACAAAUUAUUAAUGCUCAUCAAGAGGAAUUACGAAAUCUCAAAGAACAAUAUGAUACAGAUCGUGAACAAUCGAUGAUUUCAUUUCGUAAAGGAUUAGAAACUAGUCAUCAAAAAGAAUUACAAGAACUCAAUGAUAAAAUAAAAAGUCAUUAUGAGGAGAUCAUAAAUUUAAAGUCACAACUUUCUCAUUCCAAAGAAUCAUCUAAUGAAAUUAAAGAAUUACAAGAACUUAAUGAUCAAAUAAAAAAGAAAUAUGAAUUAGAGAUCACAAAUUUGAAAUCAGAACUUUCUCAAUCGAAAGAAUCAUCAAAAGAAUUAUCAAAAGCAAUUGAAGAACUAAGAGACAAAGAACAAAUUAUUAAUGCUCAUCAAUUACGGAAUCUCAAAGAACAAUACGAUACAGAUCGUGAAAGAUUAGAAACUAAUCACCAAAAAGAAUUACAAGAACUCAAUGAUAAAAUAAAAAGUCAAUAUGGAGAGAUCAUAAAUUUGAAAUCACAACUUUCUCAUUCCAAAGAAUCAUCUAAUGAAAUUAAAGAAUUACAAGAACUUAAUGAUCAAAUAAAAAAGAAAUAUGAAUUAGAGAUCACAAAUUUGAAAUCAAAACUUUCUCAAUCAAAAGAAUCGUCAAAAGAAUUAUCAAAAGCAAUUGAAGAACUAAGAGACAAAGAACAAAUUAUUAAUUCUCAUCAAGAGGAAUUACGGAUUCUCAAAGAACAAUACGACACAGAUCGUGAAGGAUUAGAAACUAAUCAUCAAAAAGAAUUACAAGAACUCAAUUAUAAAAUAAAAAAAACAUCAAAAGAAUUAUCAAAAGAAAUUGAAGAACUAAGCGAAAAACUUCAAGUGGCCGAAUAUGCUCAUGGAGAUUUGAAUUCUAAAUAUCUUGAGUUGCUUGAGAAUAAUCAACGAUCAUUAGAUGAAACAGAAAAUUUUGAUUCGAAAGUUCAAGAAUUAGAACAAUUGAUAGAAAGAAAUCUAGUACUUGAAUCCGAAAUUGAAGAGAUGGAGAAAGAACGUAAUAAACUGGCCGGAUUAGUUUCAGUCAUGAAAGAAGUUUGGGAAAAGAAAUAUCAUGAUCUUAAAAGUCAUUCAGUAAUAGUUGAAUCUAAAAGAGAUAAAUUACAAAGUGAACUUAUAAAUGUUAAAAUAGAAUUAGAUAAUAAAUCGAAAGAACUUGAAAAUUCUACGAAUUUCGAAAAAGAAAAAGAUACAUUAUCCAAACGUUUAGAAGAACAUCAAAACGGGAUGAAAACAUUUAUGACAGAAUUCGCUUCAGAGAGAGAAUCAUGGCGUCAAAAGGAAGAAGAUCUUAUUUCUAAUUAUGAAUGUGAGUUGAUGGAAAAAGAUUUGGAAGUUAAAGAAUGGAACGAAAAAUAUAAAAAGGUCAUAAGAGAUUGUGAAAAUUCACGAGAGCGAGUAAUAACAUUUGAACGAAAAGUUAGUGAAGCUGAAAAGACCAUUUCCAAUCUUCGAGAACAAAUUAAGAUUAUGGAAAGGUCACAAAGAGAAGAGAAGGAAAAACUUAAGAGACGACAUGAGGAAGCCAUAUCCAAUCUUCGAGAACAAAUUAAGAUUAUGGAAAGGUCACAAAGAGAAGAGACGGAAACGUUUAAUAAACAAGUUUCAUUAAGGAUGGAAAAUAAUAAUAGUACGAUAAUGAAAUUUCAAAUAACAGAAUUAGAAAAACAAAUCGAAGCAGUUAAAGUUGAAUGUGAUAUGUGGAAGAAAGAAUUAUCAAAGCAUAAAACCAAUUACUCACUUGCGGCAUAUGAAAAUGAUGUAUUAUCCAAAGAAAAAUCCGAAUUAAACAGGAAAGUGGAUUCAUUAGAAAAAGAAUUAAAAGAGUUAUCAAAUGUUCGUCAACUCGAAGGAAAAAUUUGUAGUCCUCAUUUUGAAACCAUGCCAAAUGUUUCUUGGCAAUUGGGAUUUGUUCUUGAAUCACCAAAUGAUCCCGAAUAUUGUGCAAUUUAUCUUCAUGCGAUAUGUAAUACAGAUGAGAUAGAAGAAUAUGAUCCAUUAAGGAACGACUGUCUACCUGCUCUUUUGUAUAUAAAAAGGUUGGAUGGAACUUUCAUCAAACAAAUGAUUACUUCUUCAAGGUUUCAGUUUAAAUCUGUAAAGAUUAGAAGAUUACGAAUGGCGCAAUUUUGUAAAAGAGAAUUUCUUACAGAUAGUAUAAUAAUGGGAGUAAGAUUAAGGAGAACAAAACUUCUUGAUCAAUUUGAUAAAUCUUUAAAUAUUCCUAAAAAAUCAAUUCAACUUAGGUCCGUACCUAGAAAUUUAGAAGUAGCUUGGAAUAAUGAAUUUAAAAGAGCUGGAUCGGGUGAUGUUAAAAUUACGGUUCAAGGGCAAACAAUUUAUGCCAGUAGUACCAUUUUAGCUAAACGUUCUGAUUAUUUUCAAAGAAUGUUUCAAGGAACGUGGUUUGAAUGUAAUCGUUCUUCAAGUAGUAAUUUUAAAAUCAAGGAUUUCGAUUAUAACACAGUGAUUCAAAUGUUAUUAUACCUUUAUACCGAUCAAGUGGAACUUAGCGAAUGUACAAAUAUUUGGGAUUUAUAUACAAUUUCAAACAAAUAUUUGAUCACCGAUUUAGAACUUAAAGCCAAAGCAAAAAUAAUUGAAGAUAUAAAUUUUUUUAAUGCUGCUGAAGGUUUAUUUGGAAAUGCUUGGAAAUGGCCUGAAUUAAAGAAGAAAUUUUUAAAAUUUGUGGUAAAACAUUUUCAUAACGUUCGAAAUAGUCCAGGUUAUAAAUAUAUUGUUACGAAUCAAUCAAAAUAUCCCAUGUAUUUAGAAAUAAAUACUGAGAUUUUGUUGAAUUUGGUUCCGGAAGCGACUACUUCUUCUUCUUGUUAA